ACUUGUCAUGGUCACCUAGUAUAUACGCGUCAGAAUGGAGAUUCCUGGGUUCCUCUUUCUGCUCUAUCACUUGACCCGCUCUGGGGGCUGGGAUUGGAACCUGGCCCUCCCAUCUCCAGAAUCUCCAAAUCUGAUGCUCUUUUCUGCCUCCAAGGAUCUCUUUGGUUUAGAAAGAUCACCCUCCCUCUCUUGAGGGGUGGGACAUUUAAUAACAGGUGGAGGGACUUGCUCAUGAUUAUCUUGGCUUCUCUCUCUUUUACUGCAAACACUUCUUUGGGUACCCCUCCUUCCCUCAGAGGAAGUUCCUUGUGGCCGGUGGCGGGGACCAGAGCAGCACAUCCUGGGAGGGGAAUUUGACUUUCUUUUUUUUCUUGACAGGUAAAAUUUAUGACCCAACAGGUGGCUGAGUGUGUUUACCAAAGACGACCACGCCAAGGGUGCAAUGUGCUUCUCUCUCCUGUGCCUCCCCCAUCUGCCACUCUUACCUCCUUGCCAGCAUCUAAGUGUUAAGAUGGUCACAAGAACAAAGAAAAUCUUUGUAGGCGGAUUAUCUGCGAACACGGUGGUGGAAGAUGUGAAGCAGUAUUUCGAGCAGUUUGGCAAGAUGAAGAAAUGGAGCCAGGGAGUAGCUCAAGGCGAGGCAGCUGUGGACCCCCUCCCGCCCACUUCCCGCCCCCAGGUCUGCCUUUGAGCAUUUUGGCUUAUCCAGUGCAGAUGGACAGAGACCCUCUCAGCCCUUGACUCAGCGGCAGGCUCACUUGGACCCAAGAGCACGGGCUUCCUGGAAAGCAU